UUGCGUUCGGUCGCAAAUUAAUCAGUCAGUCAGUUGUCCAGACACCCCGCAACUAACUAAUCAAGAGAGCAGAGUGAAGGAAAAAAAAAAAUAAAAAGUGAAGAUGGUUGUCGACAUCAAAAUGUGCCGCUUUGACAAUGUACCCUGGGGCUUUCGGUUGGUGGGCGGCGCCGAUUAUGAUUAUCCCCUGACCGUGGUUAAGGUCAUCGAAGGGAGCAUCGCGGACGAGGCCGGACUGCGUGUCGAAGACGUCAUUGUGCGGAUCAAUGAUACGGCGGCGAUGCCGCUGACGCAUGAGGAGGCAAAUCGGAUCAUAAUGAACAGUGGCAGUGUCUUCUACUUUGGCGUCUAUCGCGAGCAGGAGGAGGAGGAGGAGGAGCAGCAAAAGCAGGUGGAGCAGAGUCCCAAGCGCUUUCCUUUAAGCGAGUCAACAGCCACGAUGGCAAAGGAAGCCACAAAUGCAUGCAUGUCGGAUGCGGUGCCACAGCUGUCAGCAACAGCAGCAGCAGCGACAGAGAGAGUGGAGCAAGUGGUGGUGCAGGAGGUGGAGGAAGACGAGGAGGAGCCGCGAGAGGUCGCUGAGUCGGAAGUGCAAUCGGAAGACUAUCGCGACAGUGGUGCUUUGUAUUUGCCCGAUUUACCUGAUCGGCCGUGCUCGGUGCUGUCGGAGCAGACGGAAAUUAAGUUGGUGGAAGAGGAAAUUGCCGCUGUGCUGUCCGGCGAGUCGGAGGUGCUCAAGGAGCACAAUGUCCUGGGAAUCUUUCCAAAACCGGGCGUCUGCAUGACCAGCGAUGUGCUGCGUUCCCUUAACGAGGAGGUGACCAAAACAAAGCUGGAGAAGGAGAAAGAGAAUCGCAAAUGGUCGACCUUUCUGCAGAAGCCCAAUAGACCGGUACCCAAAAGCAAACAGCAGUUGGAGGCGGAGCGUAGGGCGGCCAAUGCCUACAAGGUGAAGAUAGUCAAGUCGUCGGCACGCGAUAAGUCGCCCAUGCCGGAAGUCAAGCCGACGCCACAGGAAGCCAAGGAAGCGACACCGCCGCCGCCGCCAGCAGUUGAGGAGACAAAAGUCGAAGAGAACAAGGAGGAGGAGGUGGAGGAACCCUUGCCAACGGACAGUGAGGUGCCCAAUUUGGAGCAAUUGCCAGGCGGCAGUGUUGUGGAAAACACGGAUGUUGCAGCCGCUGAUGCUGAAGACAUAAAUAGCAGCAACGAGAAGGCUGGCGAUGACGAUGUUGCUGAAACUGAGGCAGCUGAUGACGAGCAAUUGGAAAAGGCAGAUGCGUCCAAGGACGAGAGCCCCACAAUGCCUUCUGACAGCUCCCCACCACCAUCAACACCACCGUCAACAACAGGCAGCGUGGCCAAAACCGAGGAGGAGCUGGCGCUGGAAAAACAGUUAGCCGAUGUACAAAAACAGCUUGCGGCGCUUUCCUCGCUACCAUCGACUAUACAAUCGACUCUGGAUGCGGUCACCAGGCAGCUGGCCGAUUUGUUGCCCACAUUGAAGCUGCAACAGCAACAGCAGCAGUCGUCCCCAUCGCCGCCCCCACAGGAGCCACCGCACGAUGAAGGGACGCUGCCACAAAUCGAUGAGGGGGUGGAGGGUGAAGACCAGCAGUUGGCCGGAGGCGAACAUACAGCUGCCGUCGACAAGUCUGAGAGUAUAAUCCUUGACGAUGCCAAUGACCUGGAAGUGGCGCAAAUUUCGCGCUCAAAUGGUGACAAUCCUCAACCGGAACUGGAUGGCGAGCAGUGCCUCAAGAAGCAAAAGAAACACGAUGUCAUUGAGGAGCUCGAGGAGCAUUUGGUGCGCAAAAACAAUCCGAAGCGUUCGAAGCGUGCUUUUGGACCCCUAACACCGUCAUCGGAACGUCCAUUGGUGUUGCCCGGGGGUCGGCGUUGGUAUCGUCCCAAGGAUGCCUAUAAUGAGGAGUUCAUAGCCUCGAUACUGAGCGGCAAUGCGGAGCUCAUCACAGGCACCACAAUAGGGGUGAACUUCAUGAAGUACCAGAAACCGGAGCGUAAGAUUGACUUGAAUCGCAGCGAAGUGUACAAAGUCAUUCAUCACUUGGAUCGUGCGCCGAUACGUGGCAUUGAAGUGCGUGCGCCUUUAGUGGCCGCCGAAUCGGAUAUUCGACAGGCGUUGCAAUCCUGAGCAGAAUGUAUUCUGCUAAUUCAACACUUUAGCCCAAACUAGCGACCAACCCACAAUCCACUUGUAAUGUAAGCAGCUCAGAAAAAGCGAGAAAAAAUAUAAUAUACAUAGAUAUAUAUAUAUAAAUUAUAAA